AGACGAAGAGUUAUAAAUAAAUAGAUUAUAUAAUAAGAAGAGGAAAAAUAGUGGGUGUGGUGUUGUCUGGCGCUCGCUAGGGUGGUGCUGGUGAUUGAUGAAGAGGAAAACGCUGAAGGGAAGCAAAAGGAAGAGGAGAGAGAGCAGUAAAAUGAAGAGCACAUUAGCAAGGCACUUGCAGGUUCAGCUGGGACAAAUCUCUGUGAUUCCUCUCCAGUACCAGCAAUCGUCUUCUUCCACCGCGCUAGUGUCUAAUUCAUCUUCUCGCUUCCAGAACCUUCUCGAUUCUGAAGCGUUCGACUCACAGCUCUUUUCCUCAACGGAAAACCCGAGCAUUGGCGAUGUCGAUGUUGAUGAGAAAGACUUCAUUCUUAGUCAGGACUUCUUCUGCACUCCAGAUUACAUAACACCAGUGGAUCAAAAUUUACUGAACAGCUCCGAUUACAACAAGGAGAACAUGUUGUGCCCUGAAUCCCCAGAGAAGCUAAACACUACUAAAACCAAAAAACUUCGACAGGAUGUUAUCUUAGCCAAUCCUCUCAGCCCUACCUUGUCUGACCAGCAACAAAUUUUGGAGAUUGGCAAAGCUACUUUUGAUACAGAUGAAGGAAAUAUCGAGAAAACAACUGUAACUGGCACUCAAAGGUGCCAUAAUUAUGUAUCACAAUCUGCUGUUGCCUUGCGCUGUCGGGUUAUGCCCCCUCCUUGCAUUAAGAACCCAUAUUUAAUGGAUGCCUCAGAAGUAGAUGUAGAUCCAUAUGGCAAUCAAAGGUCAAAAUGUGCAGGUUUUUUCUCUGCAAUCGGUUGUGGAGAUGGCCUUUCACGCUAUCAAACAGAUUUUCAUGAGAUGCAGCAAAUUGGCACUGGAAACUUCAGCCGUGUUUUCAAAGUAUUAAAGAGAAUUGAUGGUUACUUGUAUGCUGUGAAACAUAGCACAAGGCAGUUAUAUCAAGAUGCAGAGAAGAGGAAAGCUUUGAUGGAAGUUCAGGCAUUGGCAGCUUUAGGAUGUCAUGAAAAUAUUGUUGGAUAUUACUCCUCUUGGUUUGAAAAUGAGCAACUCUACAUUCAGAUGGAGCUCUGUGAUUGCAGCUUAUCCAUAAAUAAAUCUUCCAAAUCAUUCACAGAGAACAAAGUGUUGGAAGUCUUAUAUCAGAUUGCAAAGGCAUUACGUUUUAUCCAUGGACGAGGAAUUGCUCACUUAGAUGUAAAACCUGAUAAUAUUUAUGUGAAGAAUGGUGUUUAUAAACUUGGUGAUUUUGGAUGUGCAACUCUCCUUAAUCAGAGCUUGCCAAUUGAAGAGGGUGAUGCACGUUAUAUGCCUCAAGAAAUCUUGAAUGAGAAUUAUGAUCACCUUGACAAAGUUGAUAUAUUUUCCUUGGGGGCUGCUAUGUAUGAGCUUGUGAGAGGUUCCACUUUGCCACAAUCAGGAUCUCAGUUUUUCAACCUUAGGGAGGGAAAAAUGCCACUUCUUCCUGGCCAUUCGUUGCAUUUUCAAAACUUACUCAAGGUAAUGCUAGAUCCAGAUCCAGUUCAAAGGCCUUCGGCUAAAGAAUUACUUGAAAAUCCAAUAUUUAACAAGCGUCAAAGAAAUCUCAGUGAGGCCUAGUUGGAUUGUUAGGACAGGAAUUUUUGUAUAUGUGGCCAAUAAUUGAUCAGCUACCCUUUACCGCGAGACGAUUGGUGACAUACAGAAUGGCCAUUUUUGCAACUACAGUUCCUUCAGUGCAUAUACCAGUUUUCCCCCCCAGCAAAGCGCAGGUAUUGUAAAGAUAGGGGGAAGGCUGUCCACAAAAGAAAAUCUAUAUUAUGGAAUGGAGGUAUGCAACUCAAAUGAAAAUGCCCUAUUCAUUUUUAGUAAGCAAAAAUAUGGAAAUGGAAUGUGAAUCAGACUGCCAUCAAUAUCAAAUUAAAAUUGUUCUA